AAAUGGGUCUAUUCAUGCAGCCACUCUGUAAUAACCAUAACGCCCUUCCACGGGUGCUCUGUACCCGACUGCUGCUUUAAACAGCAGCACUGAUAUGGAAACCCCAUCGCAGCUGCAGAACAGUUUCUUUCCAGAGCAGCAGUUCCAGCACUAUAAGUACCAGCACUACUGCGGGAGGAAGGAUCGGCUCGGCAAGCAGCACGACCAAUGCUGCGCCUGCAAUAACUGCGCCUGUGAUGCCAGAAAAAGCCUCGUAUUGCGCGGGACGUCGCCGGCCACUGUGGAAACUUUAAGGACACCUUCCGAGACGUCUUCGAGGCAAGGUUACCAGUACAGCGUCUGCGAAUUCACACCUUCUAGUCAUGGUAGUUCAUUCAGACAUCAUCAUCAUCAUCCUCACCAUCAUCAUCAGCAGCAGCAGCAGCAUUGCCGCGAUUGGCAGCGGGGGAACUUGGGCGGAGCCCCAAAACACAGCCACAAAAACAGUAACUCCUACAAUGAAAUAGCCAUGAGCAGCUGCAGAUACAACGGCGGCGUAAUGCGGCCGUUGAGGAACUUAAGCUCGUCCCGCAGAAACAUACACGAGUUUGAUUCCGAGUCCCAGCCUUUGCAGCCCAUCUCAGCCGCAGAUGCGUCGGACACUUUAGUAUCCAAGCCGGAGAAUAAUUCCACCACCCUGAUGCCUUACGCAUCGGGAGAUGGAGGGGGAGGCUGCAGCCACAGCGGCGGUAAAUCGGGUAAAAAGAAGAACCAGAACAUUGGGGCAAAGCUCGGGCACAGGAGAGCUUUGUUUGAGAAAAGGAAGCGACUCAGCGACUAUGCUUUAAUCUUUGGGAUGUUUGGGAUCGUUGUUAUGGUUAUAGAGACUGAACUCUCUUGGGGAGCCUAUGGAAAGGAGUCCCUGUAUUCGUUAGCUCUAAAAUGCCUGAUAAGCCUUUCUACAAUCAUUCUUCUGGGACUGAUUAUCAUAUACCAUGCAAGAGAGAUACAGUUAUUUAUGGUGGACAAUGCAGCUGAUGACUGGAGGAUAGCCAUGACAUAUGAGCGCAUCUUUUUCAUCUGCCUGGAGAUCCUGGUGUGCGCCAUCCACCCUAUCCCAGGGAACUAUACCUUCACCUGGACAGCACGCCUGGCCUUUACCUAUGUAUCAUCCAAGACAGAAGCAGAUGUGGACAUCAUCCUGUCCAUCCCCAUGUUCCUGCGGCUGUACCUCAUCGCUCGUGUCAUGCUGCUCCACAGCAAGCUCUUCACGGACGCCUCUUCCCGGAGCAUUGGUGCACUCAACAAGAUUAACUUUAACACACGCUUUGUGAUGAAGACCCUCAUGACCAUCUGUCCUGGCACUGUACUACUGGUCUUCACCAUCUCAUUGUGGAUCAUAGCUGCAUGGACUGUGAGAGCUUGCGAGAGGUACCAUGACACCCAGGACAUAACCAGCAACUUUCUAGGAGCCAUGUGGUUAAUCUCAAUAACAUUUCUUACCAUUGGAUAUGGGGAUAUGGUCCCGAACACAUACUGUGGGAAAGGAGUCUGCCUCCUGACUGGCAUUAUGGGGGCGGGAUGCACUGCCUUGGUGGUGGCUGUGGUGGCAAAGAAACUGGAAUUAACCAAAGCUGAAAAACAUGUCCAUAAUUUUAUGAUGGACACCCAGCUAACAAAAAGAGUGAAAAACACAGCUGCGAAUGUACUCAGGGAGACAUGGCUCAUCUACAAGAACACCAAACUGGUGAGGAAGAUGGACCAUGCCAGAGUCAGGAAGCACCAGAGGAAGUUCCUCCAGGCCAUUCACCAAGCUCGAAAAUUGAGAAGUGUUAAAAUGGAGCAACGCAAGCUGAAUGACCAAGCAAACUCUCUAGUGGACCUUGCUAAGACUCAGAACAUCAUGUAUGACAUGAUAUCGGACUUGAAUGAGAGAGGAGAGGACAUGGAGAAGAGGAUUGCCCUGUUGGAGACAAAGCUAGAGACUUUACUGGGCAACUUGCAGGCUCUGCCGGGACUCAUCAGCCAGGUCAUCAGCCAGCAGCACAGGGACUUCCUGGAGGUGCAGCUCCAGCCUUAUGACAAACACAGCCCUGAGCGCUCUCAGUCAGUGUCCCGACGGAGGUCGUCUUCCACAGCACCGCCCACCUCCUCUGAGAGCAGCUAGAGUCCCAGGGGAAUGCUUCCACUGAAGACUUUUGCCAUCAUAUGGCCAAGUUGCAUUUAUUGUAAAACCUUAUGGUUUCAAUAAGUAUUAUCCGAAUUCUGAUGACAGAAUCCAAGAUACUGGGAGCAAUGCAUUUUAACGGAUAACUUUGUUCUGUUAUUUAUUUUUUAUUACCUCAAAAGAUGUUAUUCUUGCCCUGGUGACAUGACCACAGAUUAAUGGCACAUCCGUCAGUAAAAUCAAGAAGGUUUAUGGAGCUAUAAGAACUCUACUCCAUUUCUAUGCAGAGGUAGCCAGUUUUAGAUGGCAAAGUUACCAAGUGUGAAACUAUUGCACUAAAAUAGUGCUUUUCAUAGACAUUGUGCUUCUGCUGGCUUGAUUCAGUUGCCAUGUUCCUCAAAGCAAACUGAGAAACCACUGAGAAAUCAAUCAGAUAGUGGUAUGACAGUGCUAUUGAAGAAAAGAAAAGAUAUAGAUAUAUGAUACUGAAGAAAAGGGCUGUGCUUGAUAGACUGGAGUGAACUAACAACAGAAGACAGAUGAAAAUUGCUCCUAAACACUGUCACUCAGCGAUUGCUUGAAAUGAGGAACUAUGUCAUUUAGGGUAGAAACAGGAUCAACUAUGACAGUUUUCUUUUUGCAAAGUGCCCCUGUAGAAUGACUAUUUUUGGGGUGACACUGCAAAUAGUUUAAUCCUCUAGUCAAAAUUAAUGCAUCAAAAUCUGUACUUGCACUUACUUUUUAAUCAAUGCACUUUAGUGCU